AUGUCGUCAAUCAAUACUCCAACAUUGAUUAAUUUAUGUAAAAUAUUAGACGAUCGAUUUUCUAUGCCAUGUGUCAGCACGAUAAAAAAAAUUGGUUUUACAAUUGACCUCUGGACACAAUUUCAUAUUCCGUAUAUUGGUAUAACUAUUCAUUGGCUAACAUCUGAUUUUGAACUUCGACAAGGACUUUUAACUAUCGAAAAAUUUCCUUAUGGACAUUCUGGUGAAAUUAGUGAUAAUGCAAUGAAUAUGACAGCUGCACUACAACAAUUUAAUAUUAAUUAUUAUGCUCAUACGCUUCAACUUGCAAUAAAUGAAGGUCUUGAGGAAUGUCGUGAAAUUAUUAAUAAGGCUAAAAUACUUGAUAAUGCACUUGUUUGUCGGGAUAAAUAUCGGGAAACUCUUCGACGUGUACAGCAAUUAAUAGUUAAUAAUAAUGUACAAUCAAAUUCAAAAAUUCUCGAGCCAAUUCGUGAUGUUCCAACAAGAUGGAACUCUACUUAUGCUGUAUUAUAA